AUGAUUGAAGUUGAAUUGGAUAGAUUAGAAUUUGAAGAAUCAGAGGAAGAAGCCAGAAAGAUAAAAGAAACAUAUUUCGGAGUAAAUAUGGACAAGUUCAUCACAUCAUUCGAUGAGAAAAACGAAACCAUGCCAACCCGAACUAUUCCGCUAACUGUCCAACAAGGGAAAGCUCUCUUGCACUUGUGUAGACACUUUAAGAAGGGAACAGUGAUGGAGAAUGAACAAGAUUUAAUGGAAUUGAAACAAGUUUCGGAUAAUAUUGAAAAAAUUAUGAAAGAGCUGAAUGAGAAUAAUUAUAGAGAUGGAUUUAUUGUCAAGUUGACAAGUCGUUCUCCAAAGGAUAUCACUCCAAAUCAUGAAAAGACAAUGAAGAAGUAUCGUGAAUUAUUGGAAACUCCUCGAUUUAAUCCCAAUCAAUUUACGAAUGUUGAUUUGAAAAGAAAUGCUCAUUGGUCUGCAUUGUAUUUUGCCUCACUUCAAUGCUUGAGAGUUUACAAUGCACAAGAAGCAAUUUCAUUACUUUCUCAAAGUUCUAGAAUUGAAUAUGACUUGCUGUUGGAUUUAACAUUCGAAAGUGAUUUUUCAUUGGGAUUAGUUGUGAGACCGUGGGAUGCAAACAUGACUCUUGAAUCUGAAUUUAGAGGAAUUGUUUACAAUGGAGAAUUGAAAUGUCUUUCACAAUAUUUCACUCAAUGUUAUUUGGAAUCUCUUGAAAAGGAUAAGGAAGAAAUUGAAAAGCAUUGUAAGGAAUUCUUUUCAACCACGAUCAAACCAGUAUUGCAAGAACAUGCUCCAGAGUUGACCAAUUAUAUUGUGGACUUUUCUCUAACGAAGAAUGAAGCCAAUCAAUUCAGUGUCAAGUUGUUGGAAAUUAAUCCGUAUUUAACGACAACUGGAGUUGGUUUGUUUGAUUGGGAGAAGGAUACAGAGCCACUCUUUGAAAAUCCAAAAUCUCAAUUCGAGUUUAGAAUAUUGACAGAACCAAUCAUUUCUCAAUUAUUGAAAGAUCCUGACUCUCUUGUAAAGAGUUGGAGGGAUAUUAUUACCCAACUCGAAUGA